UAUUGGUGUGAGAAAACAUGACCCAAAGCAAAUUGGAGAAGAAAGGGUUCAUUUCAGCUUACAGCUUGCAGUGUGUCAUCCAAGGUAGUUAGGGCAAGGAGGUAGGAAUUAAGAAAACGAGUCAAAAGACAAACAUUUUGAGGUAAUUUAGAAAAACUCUAUUAUGAACAUGGCAGCGUGUGACUCAGUACGCUAGCUUUCCUUCCCUUCUGCUGCUGGACACUGAGUUCAGGGCCUCACACAAGCUAGACAAACGCUCUUCCACUGAAUUGUCGGCCCAGCCCGUGCUGUUUAUUUACAGGAAUGAUUGAGCAAGAGGGAUUCUGCCAAGCUGGAUUUAACAGCACUCUUCUUAUCAAUGUUAGAGCCAGGAGAGAGAGCAGCUGCUCCAUGGCCGCUUGGUCCUAGCAGCCCUGCGUCCUCUGAAACUUCAGCUGGAGAAAGGGGCAUAGCUGGCGCUCCUUUCCAUGAAGUGUUGGUCUUGUGCUCCUGAGAACAACUUCAUAUAAAGUUGUUCUGCAGCGCCAUGAGGCUUGCCACAGUCCUUGUCUUCUGCUCUUUGUUCUUGGGAGUCAGUGGUGAUGGCUGGUAUUCGUUCUUCAAGGAGGCCAUACAAGGGACUUGGGACUUGUGGAGAGCCUAUCGGGACAAUCUAGAAGCCAAUUACCCAAACUCAGACAGAUACUUUUCUGCUCGGGGAAAUUUUGAGGCUCAACAGAGGGGAGCUGGAGGCAUCUGGGCUGUUAAAUAAUCAGGUAAUGGUCCUAAAUACUUUCAAGGCCUCCUAAACCGGUAUUAUUUUGGAAUGAAAAACUUUGGACUGGAAAGCCUGGAGUCCACCAAGAAAGCCGAGGAAUGGGGCCGAAGUGGCAAGAACCCUAAUUACUUCAGACCCAAUGGCCUCCCUGAGAAGUUCUGAGCCUCCUACACAGGCUGCCCUGAGGGGACUAGGCCAUAAGACAUAUUCCCCUCCACAUGACAGUAUGUCCUUGUUCUCCGUGUCCACAGCAUCCACAGAGAAUCUAGAGAUAGCCAACAAGUACUUUGUGAAUGGAAUUUGUUGAUGGAAAUUGGGACCUCUCAGAAAUAUUUUCUGCAAAGAAUUGCUAUGUAUCAUCACACAGAAAACAAGUAGAGGAAGAGCUGUGACUGGGCCCCAGUCUACAGCCAGGCAAACCCUUCACACAGCCCCAGCCAAUCUGCUCCAGCCAGUAGCCCUAUCAGCAGGCCCCUCACACAGCCCCAGCCAAUCUGCUCCAGCCAGUAGCCCUAUCAGCAGGCCCCUCACACAGCCCCAGCCAAUCUGCUCCAGCCAGUAGCCCUAUCAGCUUCCCCUGUCAAGCAGACCUUUGCUAGCAAAGCAUUGCCAACCUAGUCAGGCUCCUCCGCAAGCAGAGUUUGCUCUCUAUGUGCUCUGGUCUGCUGACCACCAGUUUCCUCCUUGAUAUUGAUCAGACGUGUGUCCCAACCCCCAACAUCUGGUCAUACCUGGGCCUCUCUGUUUUUGUCAUGGUUGUUCCCAGGCUUUUCUGUGUAGUGAUGCCACUCUGCCUUAUCAGUCACAUGCUGUGCAUGGUCUGACUCCAGACCUUGUCACUUGUGGCCCCUUCUCAUAUAGAGAAGAAACUGCUUUGAGAAAGCCUCAUCCUACCCUAGGAAUCCUAUCGUAGACAGUGCACUGGGGACCACAGGUAGAUUCCAGUUUAGGAGUGCCCGCAUAGCGCGCAUGAAUCCCUAGAGGUAUCCCUAGAGCUGUAAAAACCUGGUGAUGGUACACACUUAUAUUCCUGGCACUGGGGUUGGUAGAGGCUCACCUACCAGAAGCUCAAGGCCAGCCCUGGUUGUAUUGUAAGUUGAGGCUAGCCUGGGAUAUAUGAUACCCUGUGUCACAAUAAGGCACACACACACACACACACACACACACACACACACACUGUUUUCUCACAGGGAAGGUUAUCAGAAACACACCAUGUAGAGGUGAAAAAUCAAAGCCUGAAAGAUGCACACUUAUGUACACACUGGCAAGAAAAACAUGGUUCCAAUUCAACUAAGAUAAUGGGCUCUUAUCAUUCAGAUCCUUUAUAUUAUACUCAAUGAAAAUGUAUCUUAUUAAUAUAAUG